AUGGCACGCUUUUUUCCAUUUCUAUGCUGCUCCGUGACGGAGCCAAAGCAUGAAGAGGAUGUCGAAGAGGUUUUUGACGACUUCCUCUUCCGUGGUGGGCACCGUCGAUUUGAUGAGUUCGCCAGCCUCUCAGAAAACAGUUGGUGCAGGAAGCAUGCCCUGGUCAUUGCCGGCUCACCAGUCACCAGCAUUACCCUGGCAGAUGACCUUGACAGCAGCUGGGCCAGCACCGAUAAGAAGGCACUCAUGUGGACGAAUAGCUGCCGACUAGCAUCAGACCCGCGUGACUGCCCCCCACUUGCUAUGCGGGAGCAUUCGACAUUGUCUGCCGCAUUCGACCGAUUCGAAUUGCUGGAGGCUGCCCACCUCGCCAACGGCAAAGCAGACGAAAUGCCUCACCUGGCGAUAUUGGGAACCGGUGGAGUGACCAGAUUACGCACCGUUGCCGCACUGUACGAGGCAUCGCUCCAGAAAAUCAACAUUGUCCCGUCCAGCAUGCCUGUCUUCGGAGCACUUCCCGACUAUGAUUUCGAGUACGGCUUGGAGCUCCAAAGUCAUUCUUUCAUGCUGGUCGUCACGGUCACUUGGCAUCUUGGCAGUAUGGAUGAGCUGCUCCGCUACGCGGCGCUGUACAUAAGCAAGGACUGUUCUCCUGGUUGGGAUAGCACCGUCCACAAGGUUGAGCCUUUGGGACAGCAAGCCGCAGCGGAGGCAGUUUGGCGCGUGCACGGGGUUGAUGGUGUUGGAGUGAAGACCGAUGACGUGCUUCGUCGCAACUGGCUCAUUCCAGAGAAGCGUUCCGCCUACGAUGCUUGGGUUGUGGAAGCGUCGGCAACGGACGAGGAUCAGCCUUUUGGCGCAUCACUGCCACCUGUGGAGGAUGGCCAUGUACGUGCUUCAGAUGUAUUGAAGUUCACAGCUCUAACCGGUGACCGCGGAGAAGGCGGAGUCGGAUUCACGUUGAAGGUCCGACAUGUUUUGACCGUGUCACCCGGAUCGCUGAGCAUGGCGUUGAUGCGUUUCAUGCCAAAGUGGGCCCUCCGGAAAGCGCUUGGCUCAGCUUUGGAGCGUGCUGUGCGCAUGACGCCUGAACACGUGGAAAAGAACUGCCGUCCUUUGGGAGACAUUGUGCAAAAAGGACCAGCAGCACAAUUUUACGCAGCACUGAGUAGCAGAAUUCUGCACAAGUCAUGA